AUGACCAUGUCGCAUCUACUGAAGCAAACGAAAAAAUGCUGCGCAAAGAUCAUUCGCAAGCUGUCCUUCAACCCGAGCGGAACCCCACACGGACCCGGUGCAAACGAAUCACCCACCGGGAACAACGGGCACGGACUAAACAACCGCAUCACGGCCAAAUACGUGCUGCACAAAAACUGCACUCCGACACGCUGCAAAGUGCAACCCCGUGACGGACAAUCCUUCGCCGGUGAGGAUGGCGACCUGGCUGGUGUCCCCAUCGAAGGUUGGAUGGAAACUCGCCUAGCGGAUGGUGCUGGUGGUGUGCAGGUUGCUGCCUCCCGCUCAUCAUCCCCCACGACACCGCCACCGGCAAUCCCGGAGACGCAGAACAACUACCGGCUGAGCAGGAGCAUGAAGAAUCUACCCCGAAAGCGCACCAACAUCACGAGCAACAAAAACGUCAACCAACUGCGCAAGUGCUUCCGGUUGCGCUCGAAAACGUUCGACGCGUUGGCGGCGGCCAGCCUGGAGUCGCAGAACGCACCGACGGCAGAAGGACAACCGAUCACCGGUGGGAGUUCCCUUUCGAUCGUGGAACAGCACGUCGUCGAAAGGCGCGAGGUGCCGCCAGCUAACAACGUGGCGGCAGCAACGGCAACCAUCAACGCACCCGAUUCGCUAACACUCGCGAGCAACAACAGCAGCAGCCGGUUGAUUGGAGCUAAGCUGGACAAGAUCAGCAAGAGCCUGAUGCGUUCGAUGGAUGGUGGUGGUGGUGGUGGUGGUGGGAUGGAGGGACCGGAAGGACCAGCGGAAGGAUUGGCGACGAAGAUCACGAAACCACUCUUCCUGUCGACGAGCAAACACCGGCGCAGCAAUUACAACCACAUCGAGAUCGAGGACGAGGACGAUAUUGUCCCUGCGCUCAGGAUGACUCGCAGCAGUGUCGGUGACGAGGGGACGCUGGAGCCACCGGACGGUGGGUUGAUCCUGGCGCAGGGUUGGCGAGGAGAACCCGCGAGGACACACCGAUUGGAGCAAGAAACAACCCUCACGACGAUGGUGGAACAAUCAACACCGUCGGUUUUGGAGCGAUUGACGGUGGCAGAAACGGCAGCUGCGAUCCUUUUCGAGAAGGUGAAGUACGAUCGCACGAAACGCUACCUCAUCGAUCAGCUGACGGACAAUGGUGGAGCGGGGGGCGGUGGUGGUGGUGGUGGUGGCGGCACACCCAGCUCAUCCUCGUGCUGUUCAUCCCCCUUUCAUCUGGCGAAAAGUGACGACUUUGUGGAUCCGUGGAAAAACUACAACAUCCGUGGUGGAACCGGCUGGGACAAGGUGUCGAAAAGUCCCUGGGAUUCUUCGGCCAAAGCAAGUCCAGUACGUACGAAAACGAGUGGCCAUCUUCGGACACCUCCAGCGGCAUCAGUUCAACAACCACAGCAACAACCGACCACCUACCAGCGAUCGCACUGGAAUCCGUUCGAGUACUCACCGGCUCAUCUGGCGCGGUUGACGCAGACAACGUCCCAGCAACACCAGCAGCAGCAGCAGCAGCAGCAGCAGCAGUACCGACCAGCGUUCCAGGUGCAGACAGACGUGUGGGAGAACCUCAACUGCAAGCAGUACGAGAUCGACACGGACGUGGUGUGGCGUUCAACACGCUGUUCCUCGCGGCGUACGAGCGCCAGCACCGUCGAGACGUGGAUCGACGAUGAAACGUUCGACAAUUCGUUCAACGAGGAGCUCGAGCGGCGUUGCGCGACGCUCGCGAUCUGCGAGUAG